AGAAGGGGAGGGCUGGGGUGGGGAAGGGCGAGCCCCUCUCCCCCGGACAGGGAAGAGCGGCCGCGGCGCUGGGCGAGCCCGAAAGGCGAGGCAGUGCCAUGCUGCCUUUGUGCAAAGUUGGGCGGCGGGCGGCACGCGGCGCGCAGGGGUCCCGCACACCCGCGACCGCGCGCAGUCGUGGCUGCUGCUGAGUGGCGGGGACCCCCCCGCUCCCCCCAACCCUUGAAGGCGGAGAGAGCUCGCGUCUCGCUCGGCUUCAGGGUAAGUCCAGCUGUCAGCAGGGUGUUCUGUUCUUCACUUCCAGAAAGCCAGGAGAGACUAACACACUGAGCUGGACUCAAAGAGUGGCUCUAUACUGAAGUGCAGCUAUCCAGGGGGAAUAAGAGUAUCUUGUACUUCAUCAGCCACAGUGCCUUGGAAUUACUGAAUUAUGGAGACAGGACGGUGAUGGUCAUCUAGCCGUCGUGUUAUUGAGCCAUAGUGAAAGUGCCUGACACUUCCUAAGAGCCUGGGUCUUAAAAGAUGAACAGGACAUCAGGAAGGCCAUCAUCUCAAGCCUGAAAGUGGGAACAGAGUACCACCCUGGGAAGAGAAAUGAUUUGAAAAAGAGACCAGGGCAGAGCUUUAUAAAUGGACACUGACAUGGACUACGAAAGACCCAACGUUGAAACCAUCAAGUGUGUGGUCGUGGGAGACAAUGCUGUGGGGAAGACGCGCUUGAUCUGUGCCAGGGCGUGCAACACGACGCUGACACAGUAUCAGCUGCUGGCCACCCACGUGCCUACUGUGUGGGCGAUUGACCAGUACCGAGUGUGCCAGGAGGUCCUGGAGCGUUCCCGGGAUGUUGUGGAUGAAGUGAGCGUCUCUCUCAGGCUUUGGGAUACUUUCGGCGAUCAUCACAAGGACAGGCGUUUUGCAUAUGGCAGGUCUGAUGUUGUGGUCCUCUGUUUUUCUAUCGCUAAUCCCAAUUCCUUAAAUCAUGUGAAAACCAUGUGGUAUCAAGAAAUCAAGCACUUUUGCCCCCGCACACCUGUUGUUCUGGUUGGCUGCCAGCUAGACCUCCGCUAUGCUGAUCUCGAAGCUGUUAAUCGAGCCAGACGCCCUUUAGCGAGGCCCAUAAAGAGAGGGGAUAUUCUGCCCCCCGAAAAAGGCCGAGAGGUUGCGAAGGAACUCGGCAUACCGUACUAUGAGACGAGCGUCUUUGACCAAUUCGGCAUCAAGGACGUGUUUGACAAUGCAAUCCGAGCAGCGCUGAUUUCUCGCAGACACCUGCAGUUCUGGAAAUCCCACCUAAAGAAAGUUCAGAAACCUUUACUUCAGGCACCAUUCCUACCUCCAAAAGCCCCUCCACCAGUCAUCAAAGUUCCAGAAUGUCCCUCCACGGGGACGAGCGAAGCUGCCUGUUUACUGGACAAUCCUCUGUGUGCCGACGUCCUGUUUGUCCUUCAGGACCAGGAGCACAUCUUUGCACAUCGAAUUUACCUCGCUACCUCCUCUUCCAAAUUUUAUGAUCUUUUUUUAAUGGAAUGUGAAGAAACCCCAAAUGGGAGUGAAGGAGCUGGUGAGAAAGAGAAGCAGAGCAGGGAUUUCCAGGGGCGGGCAUGGAGCCUUGACCCAGACGAGGAGAGGGAGGAAGGCACCCCAAGGACCCCUCAGACCAAUCAGUGGAAGUCCUCGAGCCAAAACCUGUCCCAACAGGAGGGUCCGGGGAUGGAAGCCGAGAGCUCGAUUCCAGAGACGCAGACUUUGUCAGGCUGGAGCAAGGGGUUCGUUGGCAUGCACAAGGAGAUGCAAGUCAAUCCCGUUUCAAAGCGGGUGGGCCCCAUCACCGUGGUCAGGAUGGACUCCUCCGUCCAGCCAGGCCCUUUCCGGACCCUGCUCCAGUUUCUGUACACGGGACAACUGGAUGAAAAGGAAAAGGACUUGGUGGGCCUGGCUCAGAUUGCAGAGGUUCUGGAGAUGUUUGAUUUGAGGAUGAUGGUGGAAAACAUCAUGAACAAGGAAGCCUUCAUGAACCAGGAGAUUACAAAAGCUUUUCAUGUCAGGAAGGCCAAUCGGAUAAAAGAGUGUCUCAGCAAAGGGACAUUCUCAGAUGUGACGUUUAGGUUGGAUGAUGGAGCCAUCAGCGCCCACAAACCGUUGCUGAUCUGUAGCUGCAGGUGGAUGGCCGCCAUGUUUGGGGGCUCGUUUGUGGAAAGCGCCAACAGUGAGGUAUAUCUCCCGAACAUAAACAAGAUGUCAAUGCAAGCGGUAUUGGAUUAUCUUUAUACCAAGCAGUUGUCACCUAAUUUGGACCUGGACCCACUGGAAUUAAUUGCCUUGGCAAACAGAUUUUGCCUGCCACACUUGGUUGCACUUGCAGAGCAGUAUGCUGUCCAGGAGCUGACCAAGGCCGCGAUGAGUGGUGUGGGCAUUGACGGGGAAGUGCUCUCGUAUUUGGAAUUGGCCCAGUUCCACAACGCCCACCAGUUGGCCGCCUGGUGUUUGCACCACAUCUGCACCAACUACAACAGCGUGUGUUCCAAGUUCCGCAAGGAGAUCAAAUCGAAAUCCGCAGACAACCAGGAAUACUUUGAGCGGCACCGCUGGCCCCCUGUGUGGUAUCUGAAGGAAGAAGACCACUACCAGCGUGUGAAAAGGGAACGCGAGAAGGAAGAUAUUGCACUAAAUAAACAUCACUCAAGACGAAAGUGGUGCUUCUGGAAUUCGUCUCCAGCAGUUGCCUGAGGGGGAAGAGACAAAAAUCAGUCAUCUGACACACCACUUUUAAAAGCACUACUGUAAAAUUAGUCUUAUUAUUAGAGAUAAGUCGUAGUUCAGGUUUCAGGCACUGAUCUUCCUCCACUGUUGUGCAUUUAUCUUUGUCGGGAUCAAAGCACAAGCUCCCCAUCAAUGAGCCUGGACAAAAAAGGGAAGUUGAUGCUCACUGCAUUCCUUAAACUUAUAUGUAUAUUUUUUGUUAGAAGGCUUAAUAAACUUUAGUCCGUUACUUUGUUUCUUUUUAUACCAAGGGAAAAAAAAAUCCAGCUUUCAUGUUUCAAAGUCCCAAAUUAGAAAAUAUUUUUAUAUGGUCUCUUGUAUUUUGUUGAAAUGAAAAUACUAUGUAUUACUUUAUUUUACAGGCCGCAAAUUAACCAUGAAAUCGCCCUGUGAUGCUCUUGGCCCACAUGACCACCAGGCAUUAUUGCAUAAUUAGAGGGUUAUCCUUUGGUUGUGAAGUACAGGGUUGGAACGAAAUUCCCCCAAGUGCAAGUUAGAGAGUGUUUAAUCUUUGUUCUGCCGAAUAACAGUGGUAUAAUUACCAAGUCAACUCCAAGAAUGUGUAUUUACAAUAUUUGCCGUGUAAAUGCUAGUAAUUAUAUGGUUAUAUGUGCCAUGUAAAAUACAGUGAUACCAAGUCUUCUGUUGUUUAAAAUGUCCAGAUUCAAAAGGAUAAUCUUUAUAAUCAUUAGAAGGGCUUAUUCAAUCCCAGCAUUAUCCAGGGCAAACCCACCGCUGGACCUGAACCCAAGAGAUACCGUAAGAGCAUUGGUGUUUGGGUGGCUGUGUGAGGGUUUGUGUCUCUCCGUGUUCCUCGAUCUUGCCAUGCUUCUGCGUGCAGAUUCUUCAAAGACUUGAACUGAGAUGGGCAAGGGAAGGGAUCCCCAGCCUUUGUCCCAUCAUCUGCAGGCUCGUCACAUCUCACCCACGGAAACAGGCUUCCUCAGGUCUCUCACCUGCAGCCAACUUCACUUUGUAAGACACGCAUUUUUAACUCUUCCCAGGGAAAAUUCAGGCCGCUGUAGGAGUAGGCUGAGGCAGACCGCCCACCCCUGCUGAAGGUCAGCAGGGCCUGUGAAGGUGCAAAGCUGGAGGCUGGGUCGUCUGGGGUCCCUGCAUUCUCCAACGCAGACAGGAAUCUUAUUCCAAGAGUCUAGGAAAUGGUGCUAUUGUGAGUUAGUCCUGACCCUUUGUCAUUCUGAGUUUUCAGUGUUAAAACAGAAGGUAUUGAGCAGGGGAGCUUUGGAGAGGCAGUCAGUCCUUGCUUCUCUGUACAUUAAAAUGUUACAGCACUCAUACGGAGCAUUUUAAGGCCCCAGCGCCAUACCUGCCGUGGGAUGUGGCAUGGUGGCGGCGGGGGCUUAUUUUGUCGGGAGGUCAACUUACUGAUGCUAAAGGCUGUUGAUUUUUUUUCCUAGCUUUCGGAAGUUGGAAAAGAGACAGUUGAGUCCAAACCCCAAUGUUGACAACCAUAUGCAUUUGAAAAUCUACCCAGAUUACAGAUGGACAUUUAUUACUGGCGGUGGAUACACACCAGAUCCAAGAGUUUGGAGAGGCCCAGGAAUGCCUCACCCUCUCAUGACAAAGGAGAGGGCAGUAGAGUAGAAAUGGAUGGUUGUAAAUGCAUCUACUUUAAGUUUUGGUCAAUAGGGUUGUAAAUCAUUAGCAGAAGGAGAAAGGAGACAAAAUGAGAGGAUAAAUGUCAAGACUCAGGAAGAAUUGACAUAUAUCCCAUCAUAAAAUGGUAGAAGUUGAGUUUUUAGUGAGUGGUCAGAGUUGAAUUUAUACAACCAAAGUUCCCAUGUGAUUGUAAUCUUGCCAAAACAUAAUGGACAUAUAAAUGAACCUGGGGUAUAAGCAAUAAUAUCCACUAGUGUUUGUUAUCAGCUACUGUAACCAAGUGGCUGGUUCAUUUGGUUGAUGCUGAUUAUGGCCUUUAACCAUGGUGGUUUGUUUCGUGUUUUUUAUUUCACAAAAAGCCAAUAAAAUUGUUUAGCUAUAAAA